CUUCAUCCGAUAGCGGUGCUGUAGCUGUCAAAUGCUAUCAAUAUCAAAGCAUUUAUAGAUUUCUUGGUUUUACCUUAAAAUUAACUUUAAUUAAUUAUCAAUAACUAAAAACAAUUCCUUAAUUAAAACAAAAAUAAAAAUGAAUAUUUCAACUAUAUCAUUUACGUUCAAUAUUUUAAAGCAACGCAUCCUGUCACCGUCACUUAUUGUCAGGAGUUAUGCAAAACCCAUGGCAGCAUCACCAAUGGCCAAAAAGAAAAAGCUAGGAAAACUUGGUGCGAUUGUUGAAAAGAAAGUAAUUCCAGUUGAAACUGACGUAAACAAAUUAGUGUCAUAUUGUUGCGGGAGUAAUAUAAACAAAACUGGAGAAGAUAUUAAGCUUAAACCGGAUUCAGAAUACCCCGAAUGGCUAUGGAACAUUAACUAUCAAGGAAUUGUUCCAUUAGAAGAGCUAGAUCCUGAAUCGAAAACCUAUUGGAGGAGGAUUCGCAAAAUGGCUCUUAGAAGAAAUAAUAAGCUUGCGAAACUAAAGAAAUUUUAACUCAGUUAUUGAUAAUUAUAUUUGUAAUUCAAUGCAAACAUUUUAUUGUUAUUAAAGCUUACUUUUGUAUGAAGUACAAGA